AUAUGCUUUGUGUUGUGUUGCUUUCUACUGUCUUUAUCCCCGUUUACUAACAGGCGCAAGGCGAGGAGAAGUGUGAAUUUUGGUUAAUAAUUGCACCAAAAUUGCCGAGGGUGUAUUGUUGUCAUGUUUAAAGAUUUGUCGUAUAGUAGCGGCUUUCAGGUUUUUAGUUGGCAAAAUCAAGGGUCUGGACGAUGCUAACCAGUUAGCCCGGGUUAGCUGGCUAAGGAAGUUAGCCAGCUAGCUAGCAUUCCGCGUCAGUUUGCCGGAGGCUGUUUUCUUGUUUCGCACAUUUCCAGCUUGUUCUCCGAUGUUUAACUGUUAAACUGGCUUCUAAACUGAAACACUGGACUGAUGCUUUACUGAUGUAGAACAUAAAAGAUCAUAGUUAUUCUAUUAUUUAAAAUGAGGAGCCAGCUGUGUUUCUCGUAAGCGGGUGGUUUUCCACCAACGCUACCCUUUUGUUUUGACAAAGGGAAAGAGAGGUGAAUUUCUUCUUCCUUUUUAAAAAACGCACCUCAUAUUAGGUUGUGGAGAAAUAUAUUUGGUCAUUGUAGUUUUGGCAAUGGCUCCACAUAAGCAAAGCACUUCAGUUGGAGGCCACCAGGUAGGUUUUGGUUCUGGAGGAAAAGCCAACGGGCUGUACCAACCGUCCUCCGUCGUGAUGGCUGCAUCCAAGAAGACCAACAUGCAACUUAUUCAAGCCGACCAUGAGCUGUUCCUGCAGGCCUUCGAGAAGCCAACACAAAUAUACCGGUUCCUCCGCACAAGAAACUUAAUUGCUCCUAUAUUCUUGCACAGGACGCUCACAUACAUGUCCCACAGAAACUCAAGGAAUAACAUUAAAAGGAAAAGCUCCAAAGUGGACAAUCUGCUGUUUAAAGUGGAAAGGAUGAGAGGAGAGCAGGAGACUCACAGUUUGACCUCUAAUCUGCAGCUCACCUUCACCGGCUUCUUUCAUAAAGCUGUAAAACCUUCGCAGGAUGAGAAUGAGCAGAACUCUGUAUCUCUGGAGGUCCUCCUGGUCAAAGUCUGCCACAAGAAGAGGAAGGACGUCAGCUGUCCGGUGAAGCAGAUCCCUACAGGAAAGAAGCAGGUUCCUCUGAACCCGGACAUGAGUUCCGGGGUCCAGGCCAAACCCGGCUCCCUUCCUUCCCUCCUGAUUCCCAGCAGCGAGUUUGAGCCCAGCAACUCUCACAUGGUCAAGUCUUACUCCUUACUCUUCAGAGUAUGGAGACCUGGAUACCCCCGAGCACAGAUGAAUGGCCUGGCCAACGGAGAGAAUCACCACAACAGAGAUUUUUCAGAGGAAGCCGUGAACAGGAAGAGGAGGAGCGUCUCUCUCAGGGAGGAGGGAGAAACCACGUUUGUGGCUCAGAUGACUGUCUUUGAUAAAAAUAGACGUCUGCAGCUGUUGGAUGGGGAGUAUGAGGUGUCCAUGCAAGAGAUGGAGGAGUGUCCCGUCAAUAAGAAGAGGGCGACGUGGGAAACCAUCCUGGACGGAAAGCGCUUACCUCCGUUCGAGAGUUUUUCUCAGGGUCCGACCCUGCAGUUCAACCUGCGCUGGACCAGCGACCCCUCUGAUCGCUCCACUGCUCCCGUGGCCAAACCUCUGGCCACCCGCAACUCCGAGACCAACCAGGACACUAGACCCAGCAACUUGAGAGCCACGCACACACCAGCUGUUAAAGAAUCCAUCAGUGCAGAUGUUCAAACCAGACGAGAACACAUCUUAGCGGAGCCUCGACAGAAGCUACGAAUCUUCUACCAGUUCCAGUACAACAACAACACGCGGCAGCAGACCGAAGCCAGAGACGACCUCCACUGCCCCUGGUGUACGCUCAACUGCAGGAAGCUGUACAGUCUGCUCAAACACCUCAAACUGUCCCACUCCCGCUUCAUCUUCAGCUACGUGCCCCAUCCCAAAGGAGCGAAGAUUGAGGUCUCCAUCAACGAGUGUUACGAUGGCUCAUAUGCAGGAAACCCGCAGGACAUCCACAGCCAACCGGGCUUCGCCUUCAGCAGGAAUGGCCCGGUCAAGAGGACCGCAGUCACCCACAUCCUGGUCUGCAGGCCCAAGAGGAUGAAGCCAAGUCUGUCCGAGUUUCUGGAGUUGGAGGACGGCGAUCGGGAGCAGCAUCAGAGGACGUACAUCAGCGGACACAACCGGCUUUACUUCCACAGCGACAGCUGCGUGCCGCUGAGGCCUCAGGAGAUGGAGGUGGACAGCGAGGACGAGCGGGACCCCGACUGGCUCAAAGAAAAGACGGUGAAGCAAAUCGAGGAGUUCACCGACGUCAACGAGGGGGAGAAGGAGAUCAUGAAGCUGUGGAACCUCCAUGUCAUGAAACACGGUUUCAUCGCUGACAACCAGAUGAACGAGGCCUGCCUGCUGUUCGCCAACCACCAUGGCCCCCUCAUCGUCAAACGCAGCCUGUGUCGCAACUUCUUGCUGCAUCUGAUCAGCAUGCACGACUUCAACCUGAUCAGCACCCUGACCAUCGACCAGGCCAUGGCCCGGCUCCGCCUCCUCCAGAGCCAGGCUGCUCGCAUUGACAAACACCACCACGAGGAGGACGAUAUGGAGGAGGAAGAAGAAGAAGAGGAGGAGGACUGGGAGACAGCUGUGGAGUCCCAGCCGGAGUUGGACCCAGAUCCCGAUCCUGAUAUAUCUGAGUUUAAAGCCUGCGCCGACGAGACCAGCAGCAGCUGCCCGGAGAGCAGAAACCAGCAGAAUGAAGCCGAGACGGAGAAACUAAACUCCAAGCAGAAACUCUUUGACUCAGUUCUAAAGUGACUUUUUCAAUCAUCAAAUCACAAAGAUCCCCAAACUGGACGAGAGGUCUUAAAAUCUGAAGAGAAAAAAACAGUGUGAAACACACACACGACUCACUGCAGGGAUGUUUUCAAAUGUCACAUCAGAUGACCUUUUUUGUUUUCUGUUUUCGUAACCUGGUAAAGUUGAAACUUGAAGCUCUGGAUCAUCUUUUUUAACCUGAUUAUGUAGAUGUGUCAGGGUUCUAGCUCUGAAUUCAAAGGUGCUGCUUUCUUUUGUUUCAGUUGUACAAGUCUAUCAGGAACAAAGGCAGACGUCCCAUAAAGGACCAAAACCAGCUCCAUGUUGCUCGGUUCUUUCUGGAAACUGUUUUUAAAUGUUGUUAAAACAGGUGAAAUUGUGCUUUGUCGGGGGGGUUGGGUCUAUUUUCUGCUGCGGAUUAAUCCACAUGGUGCUCCAUCUGAUGCUACCUUUGUUCUGGGCUCAAACACUCAAGCCUUCAUUGUUAGUUUUUCACCCACAGGAUAGUCUUCCUCAGCGAAGCACAGACAGCUCAGCUCCUCUGAAGCUUUCCAGUGUUUACCUGUCACAGGUGACCAGUCCGGGGUCGGUGCUAUGGAGCAGGUUUAGGUUUCUAACUUUCAGUUGAGUUGUAUCGCCAUGACAACAUGCUGGGCGCAAGUCCUGGUGUUCUGGCAUCGUCAUGAAAAACAUUUUCUUUAAAAUUUGGAAUUAAAGUGCUUUUUUUCAUGUAAAGACUUCAUGCAGCUUCAAGACAAAAUAUCUCAAAACAAGCCUGUAUGUUGAUUUUCUGAGACAUCCAGUUUAUAAAAUGCUUUAACAAUAAUUAAAAUCUUGAAGUGUUAACAUAUUUUACUUUUUCUAAAUAUUUCCACCUGGUUGUCACAGAAGAUGAACUCAGACACAAAUGAAUUUGUUUUCAUGUUUAGUCUUUAUUUAGUGGAAAAAGCAUCUAAAACGUCUGACAUUAUAAAAGGAAAAAAAGGUUUUCUUGCGAGAGAAGCCUCAGCUCCUGAUCCCUGAAUGUAUUUUGUCUUCUGGUGCUGACGCUGUACCCACAUCCAGUUAAAAACCCUUCACCAGCAACUCGAUCACCAGAGAACUGAAGCUAACCCUGGAUGUGCUGAACCUGCUCUGUAGAACAGGCCCCUUGUUCUUCAGCUGAACCUGUAUCGACUACCUGACCUUUUCCUGGUUUUUUAACCGUUUGUGACUCUGCAUCGUGUCCACAAACAACCAGUACGGUUUCUGUUAUAACUAUUGGUGCUUGACAUGUUUAUUCCUCAAAAACAGAAAGACCUCGACUCUACUGCCCCUCUUCAAAAUGUUUUGAUUUGUGAGACUGACGUUGAACUGCAGGUGUUUCUAACGGAGCCACCCUCACUCUUUCCUCUGGACCACCUUUCAUCCAGGUGCUGGUUCCAGGUCAGUGUGACGAAUGUCUGCUUAUGAGCUGAAUCUUUCAGGAUUUGGCUAACCUGCAUUUUUCUGAUCAACUCUUCCACAUGCUGCAUGUUUGAAAACAUGAACCGGACAUUCAACAAGGUGCUGCCUGUUUUCUCUGUGUUUCUUCCCUUCUGCUCUGUACAUAAGAGGCUGCAGCAGGUGGAAACUUCAGCUUUGGAUUUUGGCUGUUUCAUGUCAUGACCCAGAAUCUCCAGGCGAUCUGAACUUUUACCAACAGCAACACCAAAAUCAUAGAGUCCGGAUGCUGAUGCUGCCUUACAGAUUUUUAGUUUUUCUCCGCACGAAGCUCCUCCUGACAGGAAACGUGAUGUCUGGGGGCUACAGAAGUCCACAUGUGGAUUUUUUAUUUUAUUUUUCCUUUAUUCACAAGACCAGCAGCAUUUUGCACAAGUCAGGGGGAGCAAUGUCAAGAAUACAGGAUUUAAUUUCAGUGAUGUAAAAACCAGCUUGACCAUAUUUACUGUUGAGUCAAAAUGGUUUCUAUUAAAAAGGAUCAGUUUUGUGA